GAGGAGCGGAAGUGACGUGACGCGGGGCGGGGCGGGCCGCGCACAAUGGGCCAUGGAGUUCUCGUUCGACGUGGACGCGCUGCUCCCGGAGCGGAUCACGGUGCUGGACCAGCACCUGCGACCCCCAGCCCGCCGACCCGGAACCACAACGCCGGCCCGUGUUGAUCUACAACAGCAAAUUAUGACCAUUGUAGAUGAACUGGGCAAGGCUUCUGCCAAGGCCCAGCAUCUUCCUGCUCCCAUCACCAGUGCAUCAAGGAUGCAGAGUAAUCGCCAUGUUAUGUAUGUGCUCAAAGACACUUCGGCACGACCGGCUGGCAAAGGAGCCAUAAUCGGCUUCCUUAAAGUUGGAUACAAGAAACUCUUUGUACUGGAUGAUCGCGAGGCUCACAAUGAGGUAGAACCACUUUGCAUUCUGGACUUUUACAUCCAUGAAUCACUUCAGCGUCAUGGCCAUGGGCGAGAACUCUUCCACUAUAUGUUGCAGAAGGAGCGAGUUGAACCACACCAACUGGCCAUUGACCGACCCUCACAGAAGCUGCUUAAGUUCCUGAAUAAACAUUACAACCUGGAGACCACAGUCCCACAGGUCAACAACUUUGUGAUCUUCGAAGGCUUCUUUGCCCAUCAGCAUCCUCCAGCAAGAAAGCUGCCACCCAAGAGAGCAGAGGGAGACAUUAAGCCAUAUUCCUCUAGUGACCGAGAAUUUCUGAAGGUAGCUGUGGAGCCUCCUUGGCCCCUGAACAGAGCCCCUCGCCGAGCUACGCCUCCAGCCCACCCACCCCCUCGCUCCAGCAGCCUGGGAAGCUCCCCAGAGCGGGGUCCCCUCCGCCCCUUUGUGCCAGAGCAGGACUUGCUGCGUUCCCUGCGCCUCUGCCCCCCACACCCUACUGCUCGCCUUCUGCUUGCUACUGAUCCUGGGGGCAGCCCAGCCCAACGUCGCCGCACCAGGUAAGAAGAGCUGGAGGGUCAGGGAGCCUCAGAACUGUGUCAAAGAGGGUGUUAGCAAUGGCAAAGGGCAGUGUGAGUCUACCAUAGAGGAGAAGUGAUAGGACAGGCGGAUUGGAGAGUCCCGGAACCUUUUGAGAAGAAUAUAUUGGACCAGAUUUUGGGAGCUGGAAAUAAAGUACAUGAAGGAGUAGAAUAGUAUUUUAUAUGGAGUGUAGGAGGGACUCUGGUUUUUAAAGCAAGAGAUGGGAGGAAGGCUAGGAAGUACAGAUCCAUUGGGUGGGGAGAACAGUCUCCAAUUGGGGAGGUCUUGGUUCAGUACUUACUGGUGAGCUGUGGGGUCUCUGGCAGUUCGGGGAACCCUGGCCUCUUGUCAGUGCUUUGUAUAGCAGGGCCUGUCCUAGCGGAGUGGGCACCUCCUUGAUUUCUCUCCCUAGCUCUCUCUUCACCUCUGACUUCUCUUUUGUGUUUUUCUCUCUCCCCUUAUCCCUCUCCCUUCCCGUCCAUAACACCCUUCCCCAGCUCCCUUCCCCGCUCAGAGGAGAGUCGAUACUGACAGUUAGUGGCCCCCUCCCUGGACACCUGGGCCAGGCAGAGUCCCCUCUCCCUGAGAACCCCAGAUUCACUCUUCCAUUAUAGUCCCAGGUUCCAGGGGAACCUGACAGAGCUUGUAGGAUUCCCUUUUCCUCUUUCUUGGGCAAAGGUGUUGUCAGGGUCCCAGAUGGCUUAGUACGUUGUAGCUCUUCUUCCUGUAGAAACCACGCUUCCUUUCCUAAGUGGGCUCUGCACACUCCCACAGACAGGAGCCUGACUCGCUGCCAGAUCCCUUGGUUGGGUGGCUCAUACUAAUUAUCCAGAGAAGCACACUCUUGCUUACUGUUAGACUCCAGAAUACACUGGAAGGCCCAAGGGCCUCCUCUUCCAGGGAAACCCAUAAGGAGUCUUGUCCAUGGAAAAAUCCCACGGUCCUUCUACAGUGUUCCUGCUGGCUCUCACUGCUUUGUGCUGCCUCCCACACUUAACCUUCGAGGCCUGCAGAAGCCGACCAAUGAGCUUUGCCUCAGAGCUGUUCAGUGAUAAAGGACAGGGUCUUACCAGCUCCCCAAAGGGAUCCACUCAACAUUGCCAAACUCUUACUCUCAUGUUUUGCAUAUGUGUCUGGGAACCCCCAAGCUGAUGUCUGCUUUGGGGCUCUAAAGACUCCGCACACUUCUAAAGAUACCACUACUUCCCCCAGCUCCAGAUUCUGUGAGGGAGUUCGUUUCUUGGCAGUGGACCCACCGAGUACCCUGGGGUCACUCUUAACCAUGUUCAGGAGACAAGCCCUGAGUCUCAAGUAUCUGUUAGCUCCCAGGAACCCACCCCUCUUGCAUACACCUCUCCCCAUAGCUAGAUGGUAUUUUCCAGUCUUGUGAGAUUAUCUUGAGGUAAUGGGAGAAUUCUUCCUCUAUUCCUUUCCUCUAUACCAAGAACCUUCCCUGCUCCAUACCCAGGGUGUGGAAUACCCUUCCCCCUCCCUACUCCUUGAAUGUGUGGUAGUUCAGGUACCCUCAGUGUUCCCCCAUCCCAGUACUUGGGAGCAGGAUCUCCCUCUCUCUCAACUCCUUUUCCUUCUCUUUUUUCAGUGUUGUCUGAAUACAGUGUGCAUUCUUUUGUGUUUUUUAAAUGGACAUUUUCAAUGAAAAAAAAAUCAAAAAAAUCCUAAACUUCAGGUCUCA